CUUUUUUCUAGGGUAGCUUUGUUUUUGUAUUCUUCUUUCUGGGUUGUUGAAUUUCAUUUCAAAUUGUUGGAUUUGGAAGAAAAAAUAUGAUGGGAGAUUCUUUGACUUUGUUAUGUUGGAGAAUAUUGAUUGAUUAGAGGAACCCAUGUUUUGAAAAUGACUGAUUUAUAGGGUAGUUUUGUUUUUGUCUUCUUCUUUUCUGGUUUGUCGAAUUCCAAUUCAAAUUAUUGGAUUUGGAAGAAAAAAAAUUCAGUGGAGAUUCUUGGACUCUGUUAUGUUGGAGAAUUUUGAUUGAUUAGAGGAACUCGUGUUUUGAAAAUGACUGUUGAGUUAACCCUGCUGGGUUUUGCAAGUUUUGCUACUUGUUUUAAGUAUUUCAAGCUACACCCCCCUUUAUCUUCCCCCAAUUUCAAUCUUUCAUCCAGGGUACCUCCGUCGCCCUUUCUCAAUUCACUCACAUUUGUUGGAUUAUGUAAGAAUCUUGAGGUUUGAUCAAACAGUUGUGGGUGAAUUGGGAAUAGAGAAUUUUUGGGAUAGAGGAUCGUUAGCGCCCUUUCAUGAGCCAUAUAUAUAUAUAUAUAUUUCCUUUCAUUGUGUUCCAAUGGUUCCUUGGUGGAAGCUGCAUCUUUCCUGGUGCUUGGUUGUUAAUUAGUCCUAAAAUAUUUACCGCUUUUACUCUUAAUUUUUUUUUUGUAGUUAUGGGUUCAAUUCAAAGCAGCCUUACAACAAUUCUGUCUUAACCAUGAAUACUAGUGGAAGUGAAACGAAUUUUGGACCUACCGUUUGCACUAUAAUCCAAAUCCAACGAACCAGAGUGAAUCAUGUGUUCUAAAUGUUUGAUCAAUCACAAGCAAAUCUUUCAAUAGUUAGUGAUGGAGUAACACUAUGAGUUGAGGUGCUGGUCGGGAAAAUUUUAUGAGAUUUCUUCACAGAGAUUUUGACGUUCCUUCUGGAAAAAUGAUUGUUUCUGCUCUCUUGACAUCUGUUGGAAUAAAUUUUGGCCUUUGUAUUUUAUUCUUCACAUUGUAUUCUGUCUUGAGGAAACAGCCAGGUAAUUAUGAUGUUUUUAUACCACGCUUGUUGGCUGAUGGGAUGUCUCAUCAAAGAACUGGUUUUAACUUAGAAAGGCUAUUACCUACUCCUGGGUGGGUCAGAAGGGCAUGGAAGCCUUCUGAAGAGGAAUUACUUGCAUCUUCAGGUUUGGAUGCUGUGGUAUUCAUGCGCAUUGUGAUCUUCUGUUUGAGAGUAUUUUGUGGUGCUGGGAUUAUUGGGGUCUUUGUUCUUCUUCCAGUGAACUGCUCAGGAAAUCAGCUUGAGAAUGUCGACUUUGCUAACUUGACAAAUGAUUCUUUGGACGUAUUUAGCAUAUCAAAUGUAAACAAUGGCUCAAAAAGGUUAUGGAUACACUUCACUGCUAUAUAUAUUGUCACCAUCUUUGUCUGUUAUCUUCUUUAUUAUGAAUAUGGAUAUAUAUCUUCAAAGAGAGUUGCUUAUUUUUAUUCGUCAAAACCUCAGCCACAUCAAUUUACCAUUUUGGUUCAUAGUGUCCCCGUCUCUGCUGGGAUCAGUGUCAGUGACACCGUUGAGAGCUUUUUCACGGAAUUUCAUCCUUCUACAUAUCUAUCACAUAUGGUGAUUCGCCGAACAAACAAACUUCAAAAUCUCAUUAAUGACAUGAAGAAACAGUAUGAAAGGCUUAUUCGCUUACGAACUGAAUCAAAUCAACCGAAAUUUGAGCAUGAUGGCUGCUGUGGACUGUUCAAGCACAAGGUUAAUCUUGUAGAUCAGUAUGAAAAGAAGUUGGAAGAUUUAGAGGAAAAUUUGAGAUUGGGGCAAUCAGAGGCUUCAUUGGCAGGGGAAGAAGUUAGAGCUGCCUUUGUGUCCUUCAAGUCUCGGUAUGGUGCUGCAAUUGCUUUACACAUGCAACAAUCAAACAACCCCACACAGUGGGUUACAGAGCAAGCCCCUGAGCCUCGUGAUGUUUACUGGCCUUUCUUUUCAUCAACAUUCAUGGGAAGAUGGAUUUCUAAACUGGUGGUUAUAUUUGCAUACUUUGAUCUUACAGUUUUGUUUCUUAUUCCUGUUGUAUUCGUGCAAGGUCUUGCUAACUUGGCUCAGUUGGAAGUUUGGUUUCCCGCCCUGGAAAGCAUUCUGUCGCUAUCAUUCGUCAGUGAAAUAGUUACAGGGUACCUUCCCAGUCUCAUUCUUCUGAUAUUUAUAAGAUUGGUGCCUCCUGUCAUGAGGUUCCUCUCCACCUUUCAAGGAUAUAUCUGUACUAGCGAGAUUGAAAAAAGUGCAUGUGAGAAAGUACUUUGGUUCACAAUAUGGAACGUUUUUUUUGGAAACGUGCUUUCAGGGUCAGUUCUCAAUCAAAUAUCCGUCUUGCUUGAACCCAAAAAUAUUCCUGCAACGUUAGCUGUAACUGUUCCUGCACAGGUGAGAACAAUUUCCCAUCGACAGAAAGAAAAGUUUGGAUUCUUAGCUAUGCAGGCUUCCUUUUUUAUUGCUUAUGUUGUCACAUCAGGAUGGACGAGUAUUUCGACAGAGCUCUUCCGCUUGAUCCCUUUUAUUUGGAGUCUGAUGAGAAAGCCUUGCCUUAAAAGUCCAGAUGAUGAAUUUGAAGUUCCGGGUCUUCCUUACCACAAGGACAUUCCGAGGCUUCUUUUCUUUGGACUUCUUGGCAUAACAUAUUUCUUCCUGGCUCCUCUAAUUCUACCCUUUCUCUUGAUCUACUUCUGUCUUGCAUACAUCAUUUAUCGUAACCAGUUGAUAAAUGUAUACGAGCCCAAGUAUGAAACUGCAGGGCAGUUUUGGCCUACUGUUCACAAUUCAAUGAUAUUUUCCCUGCUACUGAUGCAUGCUAUCGCUCUUGGAAUCUUUACACUGAAGAAGGUUUCUCUGGCAUCAACCUUGCUUGUUCCUCUGCCAAUCCUCACACUUCUCUUUAAUGCGUAUUGCCGUAAACGCUUUCUACCCAUUUUUGUUGCCUACUCCACUGAGGCUUUGUUAAACAAGGAUAGAGAAGACCACAAUGAUCCGACAAUGGCUGAAUUUUUUAAUCAAAUGGCAACUGCCUAUCAGGAUCCAGCUCUGUUGCCAAUCCAAUUCUCCACAAACUCCGACAGCCAUAGCGCUCCCCUGCUAGCUUCUGCUGAAAUUCGAGACUCAGAGAGGAUAUCAGAUCAAUCACAAUGAGGCCACUCGUAAUGGCAGUGUUUAUAGAAUCAUACAUGAUUCUUGAUUCUUUUUCCAUGCACCCCGUGCAGAAUCAAAUUUGCUAUUCUGAAAAUAUACUGGUGUUUCUGCCCACUCUAGCAUGUGAAACAGCCAUGGUGAGCUCAUAUAUACGAGACGACAAAACAUGGGAAAAGACUAUACCGGGAAUUGUUUCUGCAUAUUUCAUGCUCGUUCCAAGUUCGAAGAAGUGCACCAUUUGUACAACUAAGAAUCCCUUAUAUUGUUCAUUUAGGCUGUUGGUGAUCAGAAUGAUGUGAGAAUUUGGUAGUGAAGAAUUUAUUUUUUUACUUUUUUUGGGGGAAAAAAAAAAAAAAAACUUUACCUCUGGUUUGGGCUGCACUUUGCCAUGUACAUUAUUCAUGAGCUGUAUUUAUUUAUUUUUUGGGUGUGUUUAUCUCACCGUUGAUAAGUGUUACAAUUCACUUUGAUUUGAAUCUUUUGUAGGCGUACCAUACUCUCCUUCCAAAACAAAUGAAAGAAAUUUUGGAAGUUCAUCAAUUUUUCAGCUGCAUUUUAAACCUAAUAUCAUGUUGGAAGUUGUAAUUGCAA